AUUCAGAAUACCCUCCCUCCGUUCGCGUUUCCUUGUUCUUCCUCGCAACACCUCCGUUCUUUUCAGAUUCUGCGAUGCAAAGGGUAUUUUCAAGCUACAAACUUUAUAGGAGCAUACCCUCCUAUGCGAGAAACUCAUUUCCUUCUUUUUCUACUGUUUCUAUCGGAGCAACUGCUCGGAAAUUGCAUGAAUCAGAGUUUCGCUAUGAUUUGAUGAAAUGGGGUUCGAUUGGAUUCCGCAGGAUGUCAAGGUUCGCGUCUGGGUUCAGCCCUUUGAGAGAGAAGCCAUUAGAUUCAAUCGUAGAUAUUCACAGACUCAAGGAUCGUUAUCCCGAUGAUAUUGCUUCUAUUUGGGAUGAUUACCACAUUGGUAGAGGUCAUAUUGGAACUACCAUGAAAGCUAAACUUUAUCACUUGUUAGAGCAUAGAGCUAAGGAAUGCCGAUAUUUUGUGAUUCCUUUGUGGAGGGGAAGCGGUUAUACAACAAUGUUCGUUCAAGUACAAACGCCGUACAUACUUUUUACGGGUCUUGAAGAUUACAAAGCUAGGGGAACACAGGCAUCACCCUACUUCUCCGUGCGCUUCUACACAGAAUUUGCAGAGAGCAAAGACUUGGUACUUAUCCGUGGGGAUAUUGUAUUUACCAGCAAGUUGACUGAUGCAGAGGCAAAAUGGCUUAUGGAAACUGCUCAGUCUUUCUAUUUGAAUGAUGUCAGAUACAAACUAGUUGAAAGGUUCAACAAAGACACACGUGAUUUUGAGUUCAAAGAUGUUUUACAAGCACUGGACAUGCCUAUUUUGUAACCAACUAAACCAUAUUCAGUUCAACCAAUGCUAAGCUAGGAUCAGUUUAGUUUGCUAAGCUAGAAUCAGUUUAGUUUGAGAAAAUAUUCUUGUUUUUAUUUUCUUUCACUUUUAUUGAUAAAAUUGUCACCUUAAGAUUUUUGUUUUCGGUGUUUUAUACUGAACAUAGGUAGCAAAUUGAAAAUUGUUAUGAAUAAUAUAAAGUAAUGUGUAUGUCCAUGAGCUACAAAAACAAGAAUAUUACAAGACACACAUUUAUAUGAAUAUUGUAUUUUUA